GUCAGGUUCCCAUCUCGCAUGAAUGGAACGAUAUUAGCUGUAAAAGCCUGUAAACUGGCUGUAUGGAUCUCGCAGUUCGCAUUAUUAGUCGGUAUCUGUAGAUUGAACGUGGAAACUGUUUCCUUUAUUCAACUGUAACGUGUUGUGUGUCCGUUUGUGUGGAGAGUGGGAGAUAAAUAGCCGCUAGCCUAAAACUACCAGUUCUGCUAGGUGACGUGAACACCACGUUUAGCGCGCGAGCUCGUCAGCCAAGCUCCAACAACAGACCACAAACAGAGCAAAGAUGGUUGAAGGUAUAUUUGACCUGCCGGUGGAGAAGCAGAUCUUUUAUGCUGUUUUGGGAUUUUCGUGGACGGUGUAUCUAUGGGAAGCAUACCUUUCUUACAGACAGAGGAGGACAUACAGAUCAACAACACAAGUGCCACAGGAACUCUUGAAGAUCAUGGAUUCCGAAACAUUUGAGAAGUCGCGUCUGUAUCAGCUGGAUAAAAGCAACUUCAGCUUUUGGUCUGGACUCUAUUCUGAGACUGAGGGGACGUUGAUCCUGCUCCUGGGUGGAAUCCCAUUUCUGUGGGAUGCUGCUGGUUCUGUGAUGAUUCGCACGGGAUUGGGUUCAGAGUACGAGAUCACCCAGUCGCUCGUGUUUCUGACGCUUGCCACCCUGUUCAGUGCCUUCACUGGACUUCCCUGGAGUGUGUACAACACAUUUAUCAUAGAGGAGAAGCACGGCUUUAACCAGCAGACAUUGGGGUUCUUCGUCAAGGACACUGUCAAGAAGUUUAUUGUGACCCAGUGUAUCCUGCUGCCUGUCACAUCGCUGCUCCUCUACAUCAUCAAGAUAGGUGGAGACUACUUUUUCAUCUACGCCUGGCUCUUCACCCUGGCUGUUUCUCUGGUGCUUGUCACAAUCUAUGCUGACUACAUUGCUCCUCUCUUUGACAAGUUUGCUCCUUUGCCAGAAGGAGAGCUGAAGACAGACAUUGAAGAUAUGUCCAAGAGUAUAAGCUUCCCCCUUACUAAGGUGUAUGUGGUUGAAGGUUCUAAGCGCUCGUCGCACAGCAACGCAUACUUCUAUGGGUUCUUCAAGAACAAACGCAUUGUACUUUUUGACACUCUGCUGGAGGACUACUCUCCUCUCAACAAGUCUGGAGAGCCACAACCCGAGCAGCCAAAGAGCGAGGAUACAUCCGACGAAUCAAAAGCCAAGCCCAAGAACAAGAAGGGAUGCAACAACUCGGAGAUCCUUGCUGUCCUGGGUCAUGAGCUUGGCCACUGGAAGCUCGGCCACAUGGUCAAGAAUAUAGUCAUCAGUCAGAUGAAUUCCUUCUUGUGCUUCUCCCUGUUUGCUCUUCUGAUUGGACGCAAGGAGCUGUUUGUAGCUUUUGGCUUCAAUGACAGCCAACCCACAUUAAUAGGCUUGAUGAUUAUCUUCCAGUUCAUCUUCUCCCCGUACAAUGAGGUCCUGUCCUUCUGUCUGACAGUCCUGAGUCGCAGGUUCGAGUUCCAGGCGGAUGCUUUUGCCCGCGGCAUGGGCAAAGCCUCCGAGCUCUGCUCUGCCCUCAUCAAGCUCAACAAAGACAACCUGGGCUUCCCCGUGGCUGACUGGUUGUUCUCCAUGUGGCACUAUUCCCACCCUCCCCUCCUGGAGCGCCUCAGAGCCCUGGGCAGCAUCAAGCAGGACUGACGGGGCUGGAAGGGGGAGGGCCGACUGCUGCCUCCUCCAAAGUGCUUCCGCAGACCGCUCCUCUGCCCUGUGAGGCACCCUGGUCUUUUUCUACCUUUCUGACCACCCCACCCAAUCUUGUUUUAGUCAGUUCUUUACUUGCCCUACUUUCUGAUUUGUUCCCUUGGAACCUUUGUUUUAAACAAAACCAAAACAUAUCAGCACAAACCAGCCUAAACAAUAUCUUAAGUCUGCACUCUUUCUACAGAGACACAGAAUAUGCACUUGCUAAGCGCAAUACAUUUGGGCAAUGCGUGUUUAGCAAGAACUAUUGUUGGAGCACAGGUUGCAUUCAGCAGAUUGACCUGAAGGUUUAGUUUCUGAAUUUAUUCUAUUAUCUGUCCAAUUUGUUUACGCUUCCUUUUUAGAAAAAGAAAAAAAAGACUUUCAUUUAAAAACCUGAAAUUUAACAUAUAAUUAUGUGUUUCUGUUGUGAUGUGAAUAAGACAUCCAACUGUGAGACUCAUCCGUUUUUUUAACGUGGUCAAUCCUACAGUAUUCUUGAGUUUUUAUUUAUUGUGGAUUUGAAAAACAAAAAGACAUGAAAACAAACACUCAAGCCAAUGCUUUUGCAAAUGCACAAGCCGGAAUUGGAUUUGUCUCAAGUGCAACUGUUGCUUCUUUAGAAGUAUCUCCAGGCGAGCUCAAGACUAAAAAUCUUAAUCUAGUCAUCAACUCAAAUUCUCAAUUUUGCAAAGGAACUAUGCAGAUACUUAGUCAUGGUGAAACAAAUGUGAGUGCCUCUGUUUAUCUGUUUUUGUUCAGACGAUGGACGCAUUAUGAACAGAGCAGUGCAGAAUAUUUCAUUUGAAUUUAGUUUAGACAUCAUUUGUUUUUACAUGCACUGCAGGGAACUUGUUUUAUUUUUUCUAAAGCAUAUGUUUGCCGAAAAUGUUCCAACCAUACCUGUACAUAUGUAACUUAAGCGAGUUUGAGUAAUGGCGUAUGAUGUGAAUUGUGAAAACUGUUGACUGUGGUUUGAAGUUUUUAGUUUAUGCUGUGUUUUAGUUUCUUCUCUUGGUUUCUGGUGAGCCCAGAGUUACCUGGCGAGCAAGGUAUUGACAGGGGACUUGGGGAAGGGGGUCCACGAGGUUCCUUUCACCACAGAAGCCAGUGUUUGGUUUGUUCAGCGAGUGAACUGCAUUCUCUCUUUAAUGCGUUCAAUAAAAUCCUUCAAAGCGUU